UUUUUUAGGAAGAAGAAGUUUGUUCAAGAGAAGAAUCUUUUUAGUCCUGCUUUAGAUUUCUGCAUUGAUAGUGUUCAGGACAAGUGGUGGUUUUAUGAUCUUUUGACCCCUGGGAGGUGCCUUAGUGACUCGCAUAUGGAUGUAAUAUUUUAUUACUUGCGAAAGAAGUUGAAGUAUGAUCCUAAUGUUGCAGUGUCUGCAACAACCACAGAUUAUCAUUUCUGUUUUAAGGUGGUUGAAUUGUAUGAUAAGUUUGUCAAGUCUGGAAACAAGAUUGAUGCUGUCCCUAAGAGUAACAUUGUUACUGAAUACAUGAGUGGGUAUUACAUGUAUGCUAACAAAGAUUGGCUACGUGUUGAUUAUGUGUUGAUUUACAUGCAUAUUAAGGAUGAAAAGCAUUGGAUUUUGAUCAUUUUUGAUAUUAGGGCUAGGUGUCUUAAUGUUUAUAAUUCCUUAGGGUCUAGACAUGAGUUGGACAGGAAAACAGCUGGUUAUGUCAAGCCAUUUGCAGUGGUGUUGCCUAUAUGUUUGUCAUUCAUUGACUAUUACAGUAGGAGGAUGGAUAUUGACACAGGCCAAGGAUUUUUUAAAGGGAAAAAGGAGGAGGACAUGCUUGAUGUUUUUGUUGUUACUAAGUUACCUCAGCAAGUAGACAAGUAUGUUAAAAUGUGUUUAUAUUGUUAUGAUUUUUGUUGUUUUUUAAGUAUUCAGUCUAGUGUUUGUUUUUUUGCUUGUUUUGUUUGUAGUGAUUGUGGCUUGUUCGUGGCUAAGUAUGUUGAUUUCUUUAUUCAUGGAUGUAUUGAGAAACUUCCAAAUCCUCUAGAUGUGGGGUUUUUUAGGAGGAAGCUCGCUGUUGAGUUGUAUGUUCAUGCCAAGAAGAAACUGUUGAAUGAUUAUGAUUCUGAGUCUGAGUUUCCUAGGAGGAUUCCAAAAGCUUGAUUGGAUUGAAGGGGUUUCGUAUCUGCACUAGGAUGAAACUUUUUGGUGUACUAAAGUUGGAGUUUCAACUGGAAUGAAACUUUUUGGUGAACUAUUUUGAGUCAAAGUAACUUGUUUUGUUACUUUUGUUUUUAGAAUUGUAAUUAAGCUCCAAUUUUUUAGUACAUUUGUUUGUCAGUAUUAGUGAAUGGUGUAUCUGGACAGUAGGAUUUAUAUGUAGUAUUAGCUAGGUGUUAAUCUCUCUGUUGUUGGUAACACUGAUGUGAAGGGACUGUUUAGUAUCUUUUUUUAGAAAUAUCCAAGUAUAUAAGUAGUUAAAAUUGUUGUUUGGAAUGUUAUCUUUUAAUGGAGUAUUCAAGUUUAUAAAGUUGGAAAGAAAGUGUGUUUUGUAGUUUUAAGCUAAUGUUUGUAGCUUAAUUUUCAUAAAACCAACAAUGUUUUUUUUUGCAGAGUAAUUAUUUAUAUUUUUUUUGGUUGAAUGAGGGUUUUAAUACAAAUCAAUAAUCAAGGUAUAGAGUAGUUAGUAUGAUUCAUUUAGUGAAAAAAUUAGUUAUUUUGUUUCUAAUUUUUUUUAUAUAAACGUUCAGGUUGUAAAAGAGGAUUUUUUUUAACUUGGGGUUCUACAAUGGUAGUCGCUUGCAACAUAUUUGAAUUAGAGGUACACUUUAAUCAUUUUUUAAUAAUAGAUAUUAGAUAAUGUAUAUUUUUUUAUAUUUUUUUUGUGUGUAUAUUUUGAUGGUAUCUUGUCACUGUAAAAUACCAGUAAUAACAAUAUGUAACCAGCUCUUUUAUAUAUCUAACCUAUAGUUUUCUUUAAUUAACAUCACCAGAUAACAAGCCAAUGGUAAUAUAUAAUAUACUUUGAGUAUAAAUGAAUUGUCCAACCUUAAUUUUUUGCCUAAAUUAUAAAAAUGUAUGAAUAUAUAAUUAAGCAGCGUGUUAGUUUUUAUAUUAGUGAUCAAUCAUAUAAAAUACUAAAAACUAAAUUUAGAAUUUAAAAAUGAAUUUAACUAUUCUUAAAAGCAGUGUUCACAGAUGACAAGUUUUUUUAUUCUUAUAGUAUUUUGAAAAAUGUAGGGAAACAUUGGAAAGUAAAGCUACUUAGUAGUUUCUCAAUUUGAAAGUAUUGUUUUUAUUUUUAUAGUAUUUGGAUAAAUGGAAGAAUAAUAGGUGGGCCAUUCAAUGUCUCUUUUUCUCUUUCUCUUUGGCUCGACCGCAUCAUUUUUGCAAGUCCUUCGGUUGUGUCCUUUUUGUAAGCAUCUUGCACAUUUAUUAUGUGUUGCUU